GUGUUCUUGCACUACGUUAUCGUCUACUCCUCCGCUUGUGUGACGCGAGUCCCGCCUCCCCCGGUCUCUUCAGCGUCCCUUCCCCAGCGACAGAGCUAGGUUGUGAGUCCCCAACACGGAGCAAGAAUACUGACACCAGCGACUGACUGAAACCAAGGGGAAGAUGGAGCACAGAGACCCUCAUUUCAACAUAUUGUUAGCUACUGAUUCUUAUAAGGUGACACACUACAAGCAGUACCCUCCAAACACCAGUAAAGUGUACUCCUACUUCGAGUGCCGCGAGAAGAGGCCUGACCCGACCAAGAACAGAAAAGUCAAGUAUGAGACAACGGUCUUCUAUGGCCUGCAGUACAUCACCAACAAAUACUUAAAAGGGAAGGUGGUGACUCCAGAGAAGAUCCAGGAAGCGAAGGAGGUGUACAGGGAACACUUCCAGGAUGAUGUCUUCAACGAGAAGGGCUGGAACUACAUACUGGAGAAGUAUGACGGCCACCUACCCAUAGAGAUCAAGGCGGUGCCGGAGGGAAGUGUGAUCCCACGGGGUAACGUCCUCUUCACCGUGGAGAGCACCGACCCAGAAUGCUACUGGCUCACCAACUGGGUGGAGACCAUCCUUGUUCAGGUCUGGUACCCCAUCACCGUGGCGACCAACUCCAGGGAGCAGAAGAAGAUUCUGGCCAAGUACCUGCUGGAGACCUCUGGCAACCUGGACAAGCUGGAGUACAAGCUGCACGACUUCGGCUACAGGGGAGUCUCCUCACAAGAGACGGCAGGUAUCGGAGCCUCUGCCCACCUGGUGAACUUUAAGGGCACAGACACGGUGGCUGGCAUCGGCGUGAUUAAGAAGUACUAUGGCACCAAAGACCCCGUGCCUGGCUUCUCUGUGCCCGCUGCGGAGCACAGCACCAUCACAGCGUGGGGGAAGGACCACGAGCGAGAUGCCUUUGAGCACAUCGUGAGGCAGUUCCCCAACGUGCCCGUGUCGAUCGUCAGUGACAGCUAUGACAUCUACAACGCCUGUGAGAAGAUCUGGGGAGAAGACCUGAGGAGCCUCAUUGAGUCGCGCAGCGCUGACGCCCCACUGGUGGUCCGCCCCGACUCAGGGAACCCCCUGGAUACCGUGCUGAAGGUGCUGGAGAUCCUGGGGAAGAAGUUUAUCCCUACGGAGAACUCCAAAGGCUACAAAGUUCUGCCGCCCUAUAUCAGAGUUAUACAGGGGGACGGAGUGGACAUCAACACCCUGCAAGAGAUCGUGGAGGGGAUGAAGCAGCAUCGGUGGAGCAUUGAGAACAUUGCCUUUGGCUCUGGAGGUGCUCUGCUGCAGAAACUGACCAGGGAUCUGCUCAACUGCUCCUUCAAAUGCAGCUACGUGGUCACCAAUGGCCUGGGGGUGAAUGUGUUCAAGGACCCGGUGGCGGACCCUAACAAAAGGUCAAAGAAAGGUCGUCUGUCUCUGCACCGGACAGCGAGCGGGGACUUUGUCACUCUGGAGGAGGGCAAGGGAGACCUGGAGGAGUACGGCGUGGACCUGUUACACACAGUGUUUCAGAAUGGGAAAAUUGUCAAGACGUACACAUUCGAUGACGUCAGAGACAAUGCCAAGAUAACGGACAGUGACCUCAAGGAGCUCCUCCACUGAGGGGCUGCUGACCCCUGAACCUCUGACCUCCAUCACCCCACCGGAGGCGGCAUAUUGCCAAUGACCCCUUCCCUCAACCUCCACCCACCCUCCCAGAAGCACUGUCCUCCACUGGAGAGGAGAGUAGACCCCCCCCCCCCACACACACACACACAAACACAUCCAAACCCACACCUGAGUGAAGGCCAAGGGAUAGAGAAAGUAGUGAGUGAAUGAGGAAAGGGAGAGAGGAGUGAGUGAAACCAGUAAGUGAUAAAGGAAGUUGAGUGAGCUAAAUGAGAGCGAAAGAGAUGUAAACAAACACACUGACUGUACCCUGUGUUGUGUGUACAGAGCUGUUUAAAGUAAUUAAUCAUCUAUUUAGCAUUGUCUUUUAGUGGUGGAUGGAAUGAUAUCGUGGGAUAGAAAUCAUUUAAACUGCGGUUACGUUAGUGUUUAUCUGACCAAGUGUCGCUAUAAACUGAUCACAGGAAAGGAGAUACUGUUUCUACUGUGUUCAGGAAAGUUCCAGAACUUUGUGUGGUUCUAGAACUGAGAGGUAUAUGUUUAAUGUUCCUGAGUGUGGAUGUUUGUGUGUGCGUGCUGACAGUUUCUUCCUCGUAAAGGAACGUUGUAUUCCUUUAUGCAAAUGAAUUUGCUGAUCAGGGGAACACAUACUCUACCUUUUUUUUAAGUUGUUGGCCUUUUUUAAGCACAUUUGUCCCCGGUUCUUUAGAAGACACUGCCCACACGUGGGCAAGUCGCCAUCUAGAAGCCAACUAAUCAUGUUGCUAAAACACUGUCUGCAGAACUGCACGACACAGUCUGUAUGUCUGAAAUGGCACCCUAUUCCCUUUAUAGUGCACUUUUUUUGACCAGUAAAAACUAGUACACUGUAUAGGGAAUAGGGUGCCAUUUUGGACUCACAGAGUCAAAUCUCUCUCUUUGUGGCUCCUUUUUUUAAUUUGUGUAAAAGUACAACUAUUUGUUACACAUGCCUUCUUGUUCUUUAAAGCAAAGAAAAAAGGUAUUUGUCUCUGAUAUUGAAUUAUGGGGAACAUUUCCGUAGAGCUUGAUUUGACUAUUUUGAUACCGUCUUGGUUGGUUCUUACCUCAGAAAUCAUCAUUUGUUUUGACAAAGGUAAAUAUUGCCAGAAUAUUUGCAGUAAAUCUUCAUAUUUACAAGGAUGUGGCCAAAUUGUCUUCUCACGUGUAUAUAACGACUGAAUUAUACUGCGAGAGGACAGAGUAGGGAGAAAUAGUGUUAUUAUUAUUUUUGUCUAAAUACUGCGAGAGGACAGAGUAGGGAGAAAUAGUGUUAUUAUUAUUUUUGUCUAAUUCCCAUUUUCUACCAGAAUCUUCCACACUGCUUGUUUGUUGUGUUUGACGUGUUAUGUCAGGUUUUAGCAAAUGUUUGUUUGUUUGUGUGUAGAGUAGUGUUACAUUUCGGGUAACUUUUCCAGAAACCCAGAUUGAAAGAUUCCGGGAAUCAGGAAGGAAUACGCAGGGAAUCCAGAAUCCUCCAAACAGGAUUUUGUGAUUACUGGAAUUUUGCAAUCCUGGUGUAGUCUUGUGUGACUGCUGUAUUGAAAAUAAUACUUGUGAAUUCUAUUUUUGUUUUGUUCUAUGUUGGUUGUCCCAUAUUAUCUGAUAUUUUAAACUAACAUUACUGUUGCAAUGUCUACAUAUUAAAAGCACCAUCCUGUCAAUUUGAAAUGUUUGAUGGAAUAUAUAUAUAUUUUGGUGUAUUAUACCCCCUUUUUCUCCCCAAUUUUGUGAUAUCCAAUUACGAUCUUGUCUGAUCACUGCAACUCCCCAACGGGCUUGGGAGAGGCGAAGGUCGACUCAUGCGUCCUCCGAAACAUGACCUGCCAAACCGCGCUUCUUAACACCCGCCCGCUGAACCCCGGAAGCCAGCUGCACCAAUGUGUCGGAGUAAACAACGCUUAACUGACAUCCAAAGUCAGCCUACAGGCGCCCGGCCCGCUACAAGGAGUAGCUAGAGCACGAUGAGCCAAGUAAAGCGCCCCCGGCUAAACCCUCCCCUAACCUGGGCAAAUUGUGCGACUCCCGGUCACGGCCAGUUCUGACAGCCUGGGAUUGAACCCGGGUCUGUAGUGACGCCUCAAGCACUGUGAUGCAAUGCCUUAGACCACAGCUCCACUCAGGAGGCCCUUGAUUUAAUAUUUUGUUAUACAAGGGAAUCUCUUCUCUAGCUGCUGUCAAAUCAGUAUAAUAUGGUUUCCUUAAUGCAUUUAAUUAAAUAAUAUUGAUAUCACAUGUUGGAAAAUGUAAUAAUUACAACUUGUGUGAAUCUUUGGAUAAAAAACUAUUUGUGUUCUAUUCUGUUUAUUGGCGGGCCCCUCCAAUGGGCCCCUCAUGAUUGAGUUCCAUAGACGUCAUAUAUUCAUUCAUAUGUUUGUCAUUGGUAAAGGCAGAUAGUCAUCUGCACCAGUAUUUUCCUCAGAGUUGUACUGUACAAUUCAGUGGAGGCCAGAAGGGGAGGACCAUCCUCCUCAGUGAAUUACCUAGAGCAUUUUUAUUGUAAAACAUUUAAAAAGUUAUCCUUUUUAGAUAAAACUAUACUAAAUAUAAUCAUGUCACCAAAUAACUGAUUAAAACACUUUUGCAAAGAAGGUCUACAGUAGCCUCAACAGCACUCUGUAGGGUUGCACUGUUGUGUUGCUGGAGGACAGCUGGCUUCCAUCCUCCUGUGAUGGACAUUUUUAUCUUGUGAAAAGACAGCCUUGAAAAUGUUCGUCUUGUCUUGGUGUCAUAAAUAAUCCUUGGUUCCUGCCUGUGUUUGGUAAAGAUAUGGGGUGGGGGGGGGGACACGACCUCCUCCUUAGGACGAUCUGGCAGAACGCCCAGAGUAUGUUCUUUAAGUUAAAGAUAGGAGACAGUGCUAGACACAUGCCGGAACCAACCCUAUGAACUAUGCAUAUUUAACAUGUCUGUAACCAGUAUAUAAGGGAUAACGGGACUGCAUUGAGUUGUUUGGAACCACUCCAGCGCGCUGAUAAUAAAGAAUGAUUCAUUGAAGAUUGA